AUGGACGGACAGACUGAACAUAAGGCAUCAUUUCUGAAUGACAUGGCGACCCCUUGGAAACUUCCAGCUCAGCCAAAAUAUGUACUCCUGGGGGCCAACCUGAUCGAUCCUGUUCAGGGCGUCGUUAUCAAGAAUGCAACCAUCCAUCUUUCCCAAGGCAUUGUGGCAUCCGUGAAUGGGCCACGUGAAGAGUGGGAAAAUGACUCAGACACGGUAAAGGUUGACCUACAAGGGAAAUAUGUAUGCCCAGGGUUGAUUGAUUGUCACGUUCACCUUGCGGCGGUCCCAGGCGAAAAGGAUUUGCGGGAUAUGAAGGGCAUGAGUCCGCUUGUCUCCCUCCUGCGCCAACCUCAAGUCUGUAGAGCCAUGCUUGAGCGCGGAUUUACCACAGUGCGAGACUGUGGAGGUGCAACACUCGCUUUGAAAGAGGCGAUUGAACAGCACGUGCACCCGGGACCUCGCAUCUUUUUCGCAGGACAUGCUUUAUCGCAGAGUGGGGGGCAUGGAGAUAUGCGCCAAAAGCACGAUAGCAGUGAGUGCUGCGCUGCGAGCGUUCUGAACAUUGGAAAAGUUGUCGACGGCGUGCCGGAAUGUCUCAAAUAUGCCCGAGAGGAGCUUCGUCAAGGUGCCGACUUCCUCAAAAUCAUGGGGGGUGGCGGAGUCGCCAGUCCCACCGACAAAAUUGAGCACAUCCAGUUCUCCGAUGAAGAAAUCAGAGCUAUUGUGACAGUGGCGUCGAAUGCGGGCACCUAUGUUACUUCCCAUGCUUAUACGCCACAGGCGAUCCAGCAGGCGCUCCGACAGGGCGUGAUGGGCAUCGAGCAUGGGAAUUUAAUCGACGAAGAGACUGCCAAGUUAAUGCACGAGAAGGGAGCGUUCUUGACACCGACUCUCGUCACGUAUGCUACCAUGGCCAAGGCCCCUGGGUUUUUGCCUCCAGCUUCGGCUCGAAAGAACAAAGAAGUGUUGGAAAAGGGAUUGCAUGCUCUUCAACUUGCAUCCAAGAACAAUGUCAACAUAUGUUUCGGCACCGAUCUGUUGGGGGUGCUUCAAUUUGCCCAAUCCCACGAAUUUAGUCUGCGGAGUAAGGUCCUACCACCCAAGGAUAUCCUCCAAAGUGCUACAGUCACUGCUGCUCGUAUGCUUCGUCAACAAGACUUCUUGGGCCAAAUACGUCCGGGAUUUGCAGCCGAUCUCCUGAUCUUGAAGGCAAACCCUUUGGAGGACAUCACAGUGUUGGAUGAUCCCGAUCAGAACGUGCUGGCAACCCUAAAAGAUGGACGGGUUGUGGCGACUAGAUGGUCGGAACUCAGUCUGGACGUCAAGAGGCUUGCAAAACUCGCGUAGGAAGACGACAGCGUAUCGCACGAUGCGAUGGAUUCGAUCGGCUUCAUUAUGGCAGUUCAUGGUGGCGGUAGUUCUUGAUGCUGUUCA